UCUCGUUUCUAACGCUCAGUGCUUUAGCUCUCAUCGCCCGUUCCCUUUUUGUUUUCUUUCGAAUCAUUCUACAAAAAGGACAUCGUCUCACUCUCUUUGUCAUCUUCGUUUUGGUGCAAUGGCGGAAACAGAAGAGCUAUCUGAAGAUAUUAUAGUGAACAUCCUUACUCGGUUACCCGUCAAGUCCUUAAUCCGAUUCACCUCCGUUUCCAAACGCCUGCAUUCCAUUAUAUUGUCCGAUCCCAAAUUCGCCCUAUCCCAACUUAAAGCAGCUCGUCAGCAGAAAACCCUCAGCCGCAGUCGACUCCUCGUCUCCACCGAGACUCUUCCACUCGAAUCCCUACACUUGGGUGAUACGGCGUCGUUUGGAGAGCCUUCGUCCGUUAGAAAGCUCAGCUUCCCUUUCCAGCCACAACCGGGCGGUUCUGUCAAGCUGCUGGGCUCCUGCAAUGGUCUGGUAUUUGUAGCUGUUGAUAAUAAAUCCCUUUAUAUCUGGAACCCAUCGAUUGGGUUCUUGAAGCAAUUACCUGAUCCAGGUUUUCCCUUUGCUGAUAAUGUGCUACCCUAUUAUGCUGUUGGCUAUUUAUCCGCUACUGAUGACUACAAAGUUUUGGUAGCCUCCUGUGACUUUUGGUCAGGGGAGAUAGAGGUCAAGAUGUUCUCAUCAAGAACUCACAUUUGGCAGAGGAUUGAAUCCCCUUGCCGCUCCGACUUUCGACUCUUUCGUGGUCAGGGGACUCUUUCGAAUGAUGCAUUUCAUUGGCUAAGCUACCGCGACGAUGACGAGGAAGAGGAGCAUGCAAUAGUUUCUUUUGACUUGCAAGAGGAGGUGUUCCAGAGAAUGCCACUGCCUAAUUUCGACCAUGAUGGUAAGACUUACACCAGUCUUGGGGUUUGUGGAGGGUGCCUGUGUGUAUCGCGUUAUCCCAAGGGUGCUUGGGACUCUAUCGAUUUAUGGGUCAUGAGAGAAUAUGGCGUCAAUGGCUCAUGGAUUAUGCUUUUUAGCUUAAAGCUCUCUGAUCCGCCUGAGCUGCCCUCGGUUUCCAGACAAUUCUUGGGUGUGGAAAGUAGUACAUUUGCCGCGAGUUGGACUGACGAGGGGUCCGAGUUGAUAAGGAUUGAUCAUAAAGAAGACGACAAGCUUGGACGGUAUAUGCUGAAGUACCGGUACCGGAUUUCUAUGAUUGAAUAUGAAGAAAGCCUACUUUGGAUUAGUGGUUAUCAUCCGGUAGAAGAGAAAGAGCAGGUCCAGAUACUCGAAACCCAUCAGAAGGCAUCAGGAAGCUGAAAUGGAAGGAUUCUUUGCUCUUUGUAUUCAAAUAAUAGAUGGGGUUUUCAGAUGCAGGAUUGCUAGAGCAAGCUUAAUGAUGAGGAUUCUCAGAAUUUGUGUCUUUACAUUAUUUUCUUUUUAAGUAUGAAGGUAGGCACGAUGUGUGUAGCUCAAGUGAUUAAGGAAAUUUACGUAUUUUAUCGAAGCAUUCUAGUCCUCUGUUGCUUUUAUUAGGAAAUACUAAUUAAUUAUUAGAAUUAAUUUUUAUUUUUAAUAUCAUGAUAACAAGUCCGGAAAAUGGCUAGGCAAAUAUAAGAGUUUGGAUCAUGAGUUCGUGACAAUAAACAAAUGCUCGCAUAACUAGACUUUUUUUUUUUUUUUCGACCGUAAUCUUUGUUCAUGGCAAUUUAUGAAAUUCUUGUUCGUGUAGAAUUCUUAUCGUACAGUGUUUUCAUUGACCAAUCAAAGAAUGUGAAAACCCUAAUUUACGUACCAAUGUACAUUUCUCUCCAGAAGUUGAAGCCUACUAACGCAAUUUCAAUUGCGAAGAAUCACAUACCAUAAGUUGAAGCCUCCUAACCAGCUUGACCGGUUAACCCCAAUCUUGGUUAGGGGAAGUAGAACAAUCGUGGUAAAAUGUACUGAUCAAGAUUCCGAGUUAAUGAUGAUUGA